AUGGGUAUGUUGGACAGAUACUUAAGUGACCCCGGCAUGGAUCAUUGGAAAGUAACCAAACGGGUUAUGAGGUACUUACAAAGAAUAAAGGAUUACAUGCUCACCUAUCGUAAGUUAGAAAAUUUGGAGAUCAUUGGGUAUUUUGACUCCGAUCUUGCGGGUUGCCAAUAUACUAAAAGAUCCACUUCUGGCUAUGUGUACAUGUUGUCAGGAGAAGCUAUAUUCUGGAGAAGUGCUAAGCAGUCACUCAUAGCAAAUUCCACCAUCGCAGCAAAGUUCGUAGCUUGUUAUGAGGCAACAAAUCAUUUGAUAUGGCUGUGA